CUAGGGCUUUAUGGGAAGUAAAGAAUGGGUGUCCAACAUCAUGCUCCUCUAAUGGCUUCCUCUUCUUCUUCUCUUGAAAGUCACCAUUGCAGAAAAUCUCCUCCCUAAUUUCACACUCUUCUUCUCUGAAGAGUCCAUUGUGGAUACUGGCUCUAUACAAAUCUUCGUCGUUCCAUUGUUCCGUCGAGAGAGGAUGAAUUUGCCAUGGCCAAGAAUGGGCAUCAUGUUUCACGCAGUGGUCUCUACUGCCUUCAAGCAAAAUACCCAUUUCUUCUCUCCUAGAAAGCGUAAGCACCCAUUCAAGAACACCCAUCGUCUUACCUUUUGCUCCUCUUCUCAAUCACCAGAGGAUCUCAGUGGGUUGGGUGACUCUGAUUUUUGCAUAAAUGGUGGAAACGGGUCUCUGGAAGUGCCCGUCGAAAUGAUUUCCAGACCAGCUCAUGAAGAGUUCUCCUUCCUUUUUCAGUCCAUUUAUGACUAUGAUGCCGACUUUAUGAAAAACGAAGCUAAGCUCCAUCCUGGUAAGUUCUCAGAUGAGGCUUUGUUGCUCUGUGAACUAAUCAGGACUAAUGGUACCAAUUGGGGUGAUGAGAUGCCCAAAUCACUUAGGCCUUUUAGAGAGAAGCUGAAGCAUUCACUGGUUAUUGAUGUUCUAAAACUAUUGAAAUGCCCUGAAUUGUGCGUCAAGUUCUUCAUUUGGGCAGGACGCCAAAUUGGGUAUCAACAUGUCGGUGCAACAUAUGAUGCACUGUUAGAGGUUUUGGCAGUCGAUAGAAGGGUGCAAAUUCCUGUAGAAUUUCUAUCGGAAAUCAAGGAGGAAGACGGUGAGAUGUUGGGGCGGUUGUUGAAUGUGCUUAUUAGGAAAUGCAGCAAAGGCGGGUUCUGGAAAGAAGCGAUAGAGGAGCUCGGAAGGCUAAAGGAUUGUGGCAAUCGACCCAGUAGAACAACUUACUACGCAUUGAUUCAGGUCCUCUUACUAGCCAAUCAGCUCGAAUUGGCGUCUCAGGUCUAUACUGAAAUGGGCAAUGCUGGUUUGAAUUUGGAUGGAUUUACUCUGGGUUGCUUCGCCCGCACCCUGUGUAAGGCUGGUAAGUGGCGAGAAGCACUUAACAUCAUUGACAAGGAAGAUUUUGUGCCUGAUACUGUUUUAUACAACAAAAUGAUAAGUGGGUUGUGUGAGGCCUCCCUUUUAGAGGAGGCAAUAUCGUUCCUUCACAGAAUGCGAUCGAAUUCUUGCUUCCCUAAUGUUGUGACAUAUAGGAAUUUGCUCAUGAGCUUUUUAAAAGCCGGACAGCUGAAUAGGUGUAGGAGAAUUCUGAAUCAGAUGACCUCGGAGGGCCUUCAUCCCAGUCCAUCGAUAUUCAAUUCUCUAGUCCAUGCUUAUUGCAAGUCUAGAGAGUUUGCUUAUGCUUACAAAUUGGUAAAGAAGAUGAGGGUUUGUGGUUGCCGCCCAGGUUAUGUAAUUUACAAUAUCUUGAUAGGAGGGAUUUUUGGGAGGGAAGACCCACCAACCAUUGAAGCUAUGGAAUUGGCCGAAAGAGUGUAUGAGGAGAUGUUAGAUGCAGGAUGUGUAUUGAACAAGGUAAAUGUUGUGGGUUUCACCCGAUGCCUUUGUGCAAGAGGGAAAUUCGAAAAGGCGAUUGUGGUCAUAAGAGAUUUGAUGACUAAGGGCUUCAUACCGGAUUCGAGCACUUAUACAAAGGUUGUUGAGUUACUUUGCCAGGCUGAUAAAGUGGAUAAGGCCUUACUUUUGUUUGAGGAAAUGAAGAAGAACAAUAUAGUUCCUAAUGUUUUCACUUACACUAUUUUGAUCGAUAGUUUUUGCAAGGUUGGGCUUAUUCAACAGGGGAGAAACUGGUUUGAUGAAAUGACAAGGGAUGGUUGCCUUCCUAAUGUUGUCACUUAUACCACCCUUAUACAUGCAUACCUUAAAACGAGGCGCUUAAUUGAGGCGAAUGAUCUGUUUGAAAGGAUGCUUUCUAUGGGGUGUGCCCCAAAUAUUGUUACAUACACAGCUCUUAUUGAUGGACUUUGCAAGGCUGGAGAGGUUGACAAAGCUUGUCGGGUCUAUGAGAGAAUGAGGGGAAGUGGCAUUAAAGUGGAUGUGGAUGUAUAUUUUGGAAGUGAAGCUGGCAUGGAGCCAAAUGUCUUUACUUAUGGUGCUCUGGUUGAUGGUUUGUGCAAAGCCCACAAAGUGUCUGAGGCCCAUGAGCUUUUGGAAGCGAUGGGCAAAGAUGGUUGUCUGGCAAACAAUGUCGUUUAUGAUGCUCUCAUUGAUGGGUUUUGCAAGGUGGGUAAGUUGGAUGAAGCGCAAAAGGUCUUUGCCAAGAUGGUGGAAUGUGGUUACAGCCCAAAUGUGUACACAUACAGCUCCUUGAUAGAUAGGCUGUUCAAGGAUAAGAGGCUUGAUCUUGCAAUUAAGGUGCUAUCCAAAAUGCUCGAGAAUUCUUGCUCACCAAAUGUUGUAACAUACACCGAGAUGAUCGAUGGGCUAUGUAAAGUUGGGAAGACCGAUGAAGCUUCUAGGCUUCUGGUUAUGAUGGAAGAGAAGGGGUGCCACCCAAACGUGGUAACUUACACCGCAAUGAUUGAUGGGUAUGGGAAAGUUGGGAAAGUUGAUCUCGGGCUCAAGCUUCUGAGAGAGAUGGCUGAAAAGGGGUGCGCUCCAAAUAUUGUCACUUAUCGGGUAUUAAUAAAUCACUGUUGUGCUGCAGGCCUUUUGGAUGAAGCUUGUGGGCUUCUUGAUGAGAUGAAACAAACUUAUUGGCCUCCCCAUGCUCUCUGGUUCAAGGAUGUGAUUCAAGGGUUCAGUAUAGAGUUCAUAAAUUCUCUUGGGCUCUUACAUGAAAUAUCUGAAUACAAUAUGUUUCCUAUGGUUCCUGCUUAUAGUAUUCUAAUUGAUAGCCUUUGCAAGGCAGGGAGAUUGGAAGUCGCAUUAGAAUUACAUAAGGAGAUGGUGUCCGUGUCUACUGUCCAACCAUGUUUUGCUCAAAAAACUGCAUAUUCUUCUUUGAUUGAAGGACUGUCCUUAGCAGGCAAGAUUGAGAAGGCUUUUGAACUAUAUGCUGACAUGACAAGGAUGGGUCACAUUCCCGAACUGUCCAUAUUCUUUUGCCUCAUUAAGGGACUCUGCAAGAUUAAUAGGCGCGAUGAAGCACUUCAGCUUUUGGACAGCACAUGUUGGAUGGAUAUCAUUUGGCAUCCUAGCAAAUAAGCAUCCAGUCAUGGUAGAGGAUGUCUUCUCAUUUGACUUUACAUUUGUGACUGAAAAGGCUAGAAGCUUCUCCUUCCAAUUUGGUGAUGAAUCUGUCAUCAGAGUUUCAUCUGCCUUCGCUUGGGGUUGUACUUUCCCAGCAGGAACUGGUUUCCUGCGACAUACCUUUUCUGAACUGAUCUUAAAUGAUAAGUCCCCCAACAUUUGUUCUGAAAUGGCUGGAAGCAAAGUGAUAUUGGACAUUCUUGAAUACUAACUUCCACUCGUUUGUUCCAGUCGCGACCUCACUCAGGAUUCGUGUAGUGGACCCCCAAUUAUUUGGGAAAAGCUUUGACGAUGAUGAUGAUGAAACUGGUUCAGUCUCAGCGGAUUCCUGUUUGGAUUGGCGAUUCCUGAUCCGGAUCGCUGGGAUUUCAAACAGUGAUGGUAACUGUUUCGUUGCAAUAUGAGCCGGGACAUUUAUCUGCACCUAACUAUUGCAGGAUGAGCAUGGGCUCUCUUUCUGCCUCUCCCUGCUAAGGAGUGUUUCCAUCUCUGUGAUCUCUUUCUACAGGGACCACCUGGUGUGUUUUCUGGGUGUGAAAAUUCCUUGAACUUUUGGCUGAUAAAAGAUUCUUCCUCCAUGGGGCAAAGUGCAAACUCUAAGAGGUGGGAGAAGUUUCUUUUCAUCUGGUGUGUGUUCAAGGUGUGAAGAUUCCUUGCAUUUUUGGCUGGUAAAGGCUCCCUCUUUCAUGGGGGAGAGCACAAUCUCGAAGAGAUGGUAGCAGAAGGUUCUAUUUCGCUUGGCGCGUCUUCUGGAUGUGAAAAUGCCCUGAACUUUUGGUUGGUCAGGGUUCUUCUGAUGCGCCGGUAAGGGCUACUCAUCUUUCUUUUGUCUCUGUGUCGCAUAGUUUCUCACCAAAUCAUUACAAUUUAAUGGAAUAUGGAAAGAUCAGAUCACAGUGUGCAUACAAUGAAAUGAUGGAGAGAGCACGGGAUCCAACUCUGGUUGUUUCUUUGUUUCGGAGGGUCUCACUUCCUCUCCAACUUUCUACAGAGAUAAUUAUGCCCCUGGCUAUAUAGGGGCACUUUGGUCAUAUUAUAAAAUGGAACGUCAUAGUGUACACAUCUUAUGGAUGCCUGAAGGGCACACAAGCACCAUUCAACGGCUUGGAUUGAAUUGGGCGCCACAAACUAAUUUUGUUUAUUUAUUAUUAUUAUCGUUUGAAUGUAUUCUAAUGAAAUUCGACUCCAUAAAAACAAAGAAAAAUAAUUAUAAUACAAAUAACCAAAAUAUCGCUAAAUGUUUAUGGGAUAUUUCGGUAUUUUUAUUUUAAUUAUUUUUUUGUAUGGAGUGCGCCCUAUAAAGAUGCAUUGAAGUCGCUAUUUUCAUGUGAGCAAAGUUUGUAAAAAGUUCUAACAAAGUUAAUUUGUAGCCCUUAUAUCAACCCAGAUUCAAUCUCAUUCUCCAAAGUGCUAGUGAUACUUUUCUUUGGAAAACUUGUACUAUUUUCUUGCUGUAAUAUAUCAACCCAGAUUCAAUCUUA